AUGCAGCCGGACAGCUCCUACCACAAAUGGGAAAGCUCAAAGCAAGUGGAACUGUCAGUGCAGGAAGUGAGCAGCGUACCUGGGAGAGGUGGUAAAGCUCUUUGCCACUCCAACUCCACCCAAGGGAAGGCCAUUCAAAUCCUGUAUGUCCUGCUGGCGAUUUGCAUUGCAGUGGCCACAGCUCUCAUCGUGGUGAAACUUGGGAAAUUGUCCAAGGGUCUUGCCGAAGCCCAGCUGGAUCGAGAUACGAUUAGAAGAGAUGCCAAGAGAAAUCUAUCAGAUCACCAGGACUAUAUAGAGUUAAAGAUGUCCAAAGAAUUCAACGUGUUUAACAGUCGACUUCUUAAUGUGUCCAAGGAGCUGGCUGGGGUCAGGCUGGGGAUCGAGGAGAUCCAAGCUGAUUACGUGAAAGACCCAUCACAUCUCCAGGACGCCAUAGAGAUAAAGUCGAAGGACCUGGAUGAGGUGAAAAGGAACCAUGACAGACUCCAGGAGGUCUUGAGCAGGGUGCAGGACGAGUUACGGAACCUCAAAGAAUUCACCUGCAUGAAAUGUCCACCUGGUUGGCAGCGUUUUGAGAAAAGUUGCUACUUCUUUUCAACAUCAGCUAAAUCCUGGCAGGACGCUAAGCAGUUCUGUACUGAUCAAGGGUCUGGCCUGGUUAUUGUUAACACCGAAGAGGAACAGACGUUUUUGUCAAACCGCAACACUGAGCGCAAUGUGUACUGGCUGGGCCUCAGCGACUCAGCGAAGGAAGGGGAGUGGCGCUGGCUGGACGGCAGCCCCCUGUCUGUCAGUUUCUGGGGGCCCGGGGAACCCAACACUGCUGCUGAAGAGUGUGGCACCCUGCACUCUGACGGGAACUGGAACGAUGCCACCUGCUCCUCGACUCAUUACUGGAUCUGCGAACGGCAGUGCUAG